UCUAUCAAUUUAACACCAGCAUGAUAAAAUAUCAAAAAAAUAUCCAUAGAAAGGUAUCAAUAAAAGUAAGAGCACUGGCAGCGGCAAGGUGAAACCUUGCCACGCCCUGCCAUUCGUGUAGAGGGAAGCGCUGCAGCAGGCGAGGAAAAAAAAGGGUCGCGAGGCAUUCCCCGAGUCACUUCGCUUUGCGUGGAGGAUGCGAGGCAAAAUUGAAGGAGCAAAAUACAAUUACUCUCUUGGAAAAUCAUCUGUCACUCUCUUCUCCGCGCUAGUCUUCUCCGGCCUUGGUUUUUUCUCUUCUCUGCGCUAGUCUUCUCCGGCCAUCAUCCUUCACCUGCAACCCUCAAGAGAUGGAAUGUAUUUUGGAACAGUCAAGUAUGGAGAGGUGGAAGUUUUCAGCUGGGCGAAGGGAACAGUAUGACAAGGAGAGAACAGUAUGACACCCCCUCAUGUGGUUGCUCUUACAAAUGCAGUACAACGCAUUGCAGCGAUUCGGGAAAGGGAGGCAGAGCAAUGCAUUUUGGUGGAGCAAGCACGUAUGUAUGCAGAGGAAGCUCGUGCUCGUGCGGACGAAGAUAGGCUGAUGAUGAUAGAUACAUCUACCAUCUCAGAUCCCAUUCGACGUCGAUACUUUGAAGAUAGGAUUGCAGAGGUUAUGAGGAAGAGGGGAUACAAUUAAUUUGAAUUCUACAUUUGUAAUCUCAAUUUUGUUUAGACAUUUGUGUUAUUGUGACUUUUGUUUGUUAAAGAAUUUUAUUCAUGUAAACAAAUAUUUUAGUUCUUG